ACCUAUGUCUAACGGCACGGCGGUUUUAGCCUCGGUUCGUCUGCCCUCGAAAAAUAACUACCUAUUCCAUGGCCUCUGAGAUGGCGGAUUUUCAUGAUAUGUGGCAGGACAUUGAAAGCGUCCUUUUGGGCGAUAUGGGAAACGGAGCUACCGAUCCACGCUCCGUGAAUCAAUUAGCUUCUGUGCCAGUUUCCGGAGCACCGAGUUUGCAUGCAGACAGCCGCCACGAGGAAAUAACAGCGCCAUCGUAUCCCCCCGUCACAGCGCCUUCACAACUUCCUAAUCAUCAAUUAGAAGAAGAAUUUAUUAUCCCAAAUUGUUUGAAUAAUGACACUUACGCCAGUUUCGCCAAUUCCUAUGGAUUUCCGGCUCCACCUAAACCAAAGCCGAACUAUGCCCAGUGUAUGGUGAGGACACAAGGGGGGCCAGAAAUGGUGAACUUCUAUUACAAUGAGUACACGGGACAUUAUGCGCCGAUAUCAUAUCUAGACUCUAAACCCCAACAUUCCGUACCAGUAAGUAAACCUUCAGACCGAAAUCUGACGGCACCCUAUUCCCGCCCUUGGGGAUACUGCCCACCAGGAUCAGUCCCCAGUGUCCCUUCUCAAAUGUCGCCUCCUGCCUCUCCGGAAAACUCAGGAGGGCAUCAGUUCACUCACACGAACUGCAUCAUGGAGACAGCGCCUCAGCAAGGACCGUCAGGGAGAAUUCCCAGGACUCACGGCUGGCCUUCCCAAACUGCCUCUAGUGCUCUUCACCACGGUCCUCCUCACCUCCGAAUGGUUACGCCACCAUCUUCGCCGCACUUGGGCGAUCUUCUGGUGAACGGAGCCUCCUCGUACAGUCCUUCGGUUUGCGGAAUUCCUCCAACCAAACCACGGCGAGGACGAAGAAGCACAGGCCGCAAGAAAAUGACAGUUCAUACAUGCUCUCAUCCAGGUUGUAGUAAAAUUUACACUAAGAGUUCACAUCUGAAGGCUCAUCUCCGGACUCAUACCGGUGAGAAACCCUACCAGUGCACGUGGAAGGGAUGUGGUUGGAAGUUUGCCCGAUCGGACGAACUGACCAGACACUACCGGAAACACACUGGUGACAGACCUUUCCAAUGUCGUCUAUGUGAACGUGCUUUUUCUAGGUCGGACCACCUGUCACUUCACAUGAAGAGACAUACAGCAGUAUGA